AUGGAUGUAUUUGGGAUCUUUAUCUCUCCAUUCAUACAAGCUAUGGUUGAUAAAUUGUCCUCUUAUUUUAGCAACUUAGUGAGCACGGUGGACAUUGGCACUGGCAUCCACAAUCUGAAGAAGGCAUUAGAGGAUUUAGAGACUCUGUUGGCUGAUGCAGAGAACAAACAGACAUACCACAAGGAUAUCAAAAAGUGGCUUGAAGAGGUUUACCAUUUGGCUUACGAUGCAGAUGACAUAUUGGAUGAUUUUGCCACUGACGAUCUCGAAAGGAAGCUAAUGGCAGAUGAGACGACGAUCAAAAGAAGACCAGCUAAGUUUCCACGCCUCUCCGAUAUUGUUCCAUUCAAUUUAAAAAAUGGGUCAAAGCUAAUUGAGAUUACUAGUCAAUUACAAGAAGUUGCUACAAAAGGAAAAGAACUUGGUUUAGAUAACAGACUUGUUGGGAGGAUGUCUACAGAUUUACGGCAGAGAUCACAAACUACAUGUUUGAAGGAGCCUCACAUUCAUGGCAGAGAUGAAGACAUCAAGCAAAUUAUCGAAUUGCUGCUUGCGGAUGCUCCUGCUGGAAACUUUUUUGAUGUAAUUCCUAUUGUAGGAAUGGGUGGGAUUGGCAAGACUACACUAGCUCAGCACAUUUACAAUGAUGACCGAGUGGAAAAUUAUUUCAAUCUAAAAGCAUGGGUAUGUGUAUCUGAUGACUUCGAAGUUACAAGGAUAACAAAGGCAAUUCUCGCGUCGUUCACUCACGGUUCAUGUAAUUUUAGUAACUUAAAUGAGGUUCAAGUUCAACUCAGCAAAACGUUGGCAGGGGAAAAGUUUUUGCUUGUCCUAGAUGACGUGUGGGACUAUGGACGUGAUGGGUGGAAUUUGUUACGAUCCCCAUUUGGAGCUGGAGCACCGAAAUUGGAAUCAAUUGGUAAGAAAAUUGUUGAGAACAGGUGCAGAGGCUUACCUUUGGCAGCGAGGGCUCUUGGCAGCUUAUUGUGCUGUAAACAAGAAGAACGUGAAUGGAAAGAGAUACUAAACAGCAAUAUAUGGAAUGAGGAAAGUGGCAUUCUCACCGCAUUGAAAUUGAGCUACCUUCAUCUCCCUGUCCAGUUGAAGAGGUGCUUUUCCUACUGUGCAAUUAUCCCAAAGGACUACGGAUUCACGGAGGAGGAAUUAGUUUUGCUAUGGAUGGCUGAAGGUUUAAUUGAGCAACCAAAAGGUGGAGACCAAAUGGAAGAUUUAGGCCGCAAGUAUUUUCACGAAUUGGUGUCAAGAUCAUUUUUUCAACUGUUAAGUGGUAACAAAUCCCUAUUCAUAAUGCAUGACCUCAUCAAUGAUUUGGCUCAAGAUGUCGCAGGGGACAAAUGUUUUAGGUUGGAAAAUAAUUUAGAAGGUGGCAGGCAGAGCAAGAUUUCUGUCAAAGCUCGACAUGCAUCUUAUGUUGGUAGCUACAUUGAUGGAAUCAAAAAAUUUAAAGUUUUUGAUGAUGCCAAAUGCUUACGAACAUUCUUACAGUUUUUUCCACUGAGUUUCCAUGCAACGAGGUACUUGUUUCAUGAUUUGUUGCCAAAGUUAAAAUGUUUACGUGAGUUGCGUUUACAUUAUAAUAGCAUGGAUGAACUACAAGAUUCCAUUGGAGAUCUAAAGCAUUUGAGGUACCUUGAUGUAUCCUGUUCUGGGAUUACAAGGUUACCUGACACGGUAGUAACUCUCUACAAUUUACAAGUCUUGUUUUUGAAAUUUUGUCAUCGACUUCGGAAGUUGCCUCCAAACAUAGGGAGGCUAGUGAACUUGCGCCAUUUUGACAUGACUGGAGUGCAUAUUCCAUCAUCAGAAGAGAUGUCGCUACAUAGCGGUAAAUUAACUAAUCUCCAAACAUUAUCAAAUUUUAUGGUGGGUAAAGAUUGUGGGCGUAAAAUAGGAGAGUUGAAAAACCUAUCGCACAUUCGAGGGGGAAUACAAAUAUCAAGACUGGAGAAUGUCAGUGGUGUUAAGGAUGCAAGGGAGGCCAAUUUUAUGUCUAAGGAGGAGUUAAACAUUCGAGGGGCAAUACAUAUAUCAAGACUGGAGAAUGUUAGUGGUGUUAAGGAUGCAAGGGAGGCCAAUUUUAUGUCUAAGGAGGAGUUAAAAGAGUUAUCACUAGAAUGGGGUAAAUCUCACCGUUCACAGAAUGACAUAGUUGAGAGGGAUGUGCUAGAUGUGAUGAAACCUUUCAAAUUGUUGGAACGACUCACCAUCAGAUGGUAUGGCAGUACAAAAUUUCCAAACUGGGUUGGAGAUGUUUCGUUCUCCAAAAUGGUGUACGUGCAAUUAAAAGGUAGCAAAUGUUGUAGAUCUUUGCCACCACUUGGACAACUACCCUUGCUUAAAGACCUUUGCAUUGAAGGAAUGAGUGCAAUAAAGCGCUUGGGUUGUGAGUUCUACGGGCAGCAGUGUGGUGCCAAACCUUUCCCCUCUCUAGAGAGACUGAGCUUUGAGUUUAUGCCAGAAUGGGAGGAAUGGUCUGCUUUUGAAACAGAGGGAGUUCAGCCGUUCAGUCAUCUCAUUGAGCUUUCCAUAAAAAAUUGUCCCAAACUUGUUGGAAGAUUACCAAAUGAUCUUCCAUGUCUCAAUUCUCUCAAAAUUGAUGGUUGUCCGCAGUUGUUGAUUGAUGUUUCGAGCCUCGUUCAGCCAUCACUUGCGUCCUUGUCAAUGAAUAAUGUUAUUCUCCCAAGAGAAAGCCAUGUUACAGUUCUCAACUCCCUCUGUGAUCCAAGCACAACUGAUGAAGAGUUACUGGCUAAUGAAAUGUCUAACCAUUUGACUUCAAUAACUGCCUUGAGCAUUUCUGAUAUUGAAAAACUGGCAUUCCUACCAACAUGGUUUACUCAAGAUUUGAUGGGACUCGAGAAAUUGGACAUUAGUAACUGCCAAGAACUCAUAACAUUGUGGCGGAAUAAGAUAAACUAUUGUUAUAAUCUGGAGCCCCUGUCACUUGGUGGUCAUGAUGAGAACAACAACAACAUGAACCAGCUCAGUUCGCUUCAAAAGCUGUGUUUAUAUAAAUGCAGAGCAGGAAUGGUCUCCUACUUUGUGAAGGAAGGGAGUUUCCCCACCAACAUCACUUCCCUUGAAAUCGGGGAUUUCGUCGGUCAACUUCCAGUUCCGCCUCCAUCUCCAUUAGAGUGGGGUUUGCACAAACUCUCUUCUCUUACAACACUCCAACUUCAAGGCCGAGAUUGGCCGUGGAGAGAUACGGUGUCCUUUCCAGAAGAAGGGAUGUUCCUGCCCACCUCUCUUCUCAAUUUGACCAUCCUCCAGUUCCCAAAUCUGGAAAGACUCUCUUAUGAGGAGUUUCAAAACCUCACCUCUCUCCAAACACUUGAAAUCUGGGGUUGCCCUAGGCUCGCGUCCUUUCCAAAGGAAGGGUUGCCUCCCUCUCUUUUGCUUCUAUCGAUCUAUAACUGCCCUGAGCUUGCGACCUUUCCAGAACAAGGAUUGCCGCCCUCGCUUUUGUCACUGGACAUCGGGCGAUGUAAUCCAAUACUGAAACAGAAGUGUGAAAAGGGAAAAGAAUAUUGGCCCAUCAUCCAAUACAUUCCCAAUGUAGAUCUUAGGUAG